AUGAAUGUGAAGCAACAAAAAGAAAGAAAAGUCAAUAAGUUCAUUAAUAAAAAAGAUACUCAAAGAGAUAUUAAACUUUUAAAGACCUGCUUUACUGUUCUUAAAGCUUAUCUAGGGAAAAAAAAGCUUGAGAAAAAAGAGCUAUAGAUAAUUAACUACUGCAAAUUAAAGAUAAAAAAGCUUAAGCUAAGAAGAUUGUUCAAGGCUUUAAAGUUAUACGUAGCAUAGACUAAUUAAUGGGUCUCUCAAGUUAAGAGAUAAUUUUAGUAGUAGACUCUUUAAAAUAGAUUUAUUGACAUUUUGAAUAAUGCUCAAGCAGAGAGACUUCAACGAAGACGGCAUAUAAGAAUCAUGGCAAAAAUAUUCAGGUAUCUGCAAUAUCAAAAGAAUCAAUCCCUAGAGAUUACAAGGGAAGUCUUGAGCAUUACAGACUAUAAAAUGGUUGAUAAAAGCUUUAAAAAGAUGAAAAGGUAUUACAAAUGCCAGAGUAGACUCUAAGAUAUUGAGAAGAGAUUGAAAAGAAGGUAUUGUUAUAAACUAAAGAGUGUUGCUUUUGGAAGUCUGAGAUUCUACACUUAAAGGAUUAAAAAUGCUAAUAAUGAUAGGAUAUUAAAGAGAUUUGCCAAAAAUGAAAGUUCAUUUUUUGAUGAUAAAGGCGAUAUAGUAUUAUUGGGAGAUGAAGAGUAAGAUAAUUUCUUUCAGAUUUAGGCAUUAAGCUCCUCGCAAUAUGAAUAUGGAAAGGCUGGUGAGUAUUAGAACAAAACUCAUAUUACCAGAAGACUUUCCACCCACAUUGCUAUUAUUGAUAAGUGA